GUAGAAUGUCAGCGGGUUGGUUGGGCUUGUGUUUACAGCUCCUGGAUGCUGCUCGGUGCCGAUGUUCCUGGGAAAGUGCAAUGCCGUACCAAAAGCCAAUGGAAUAAAAACUCCUGGAGAUAAAGAGGUGCACCAAGGUACUGAUGGCACAGCAUGGCUUGGCAGGAGCAGGCAGAGAUCUGCUGCUGAGGCCAGGGAGGAAGACAGGGUGACAAGGCAGCCAUUGUGAUUUUGCUCAUCAUCUCCCUACACCUCCUCUUCCUCCUGUCUUCCAUUCAUGAGCAGCAGGGUCGAAAUUAAAAGUAGCAGCCAUGGAUGACAAGGGCUCUGUGGGGAAGAUUAGCGUGUCUUCAGACUCAGUGUCCACUCUCAACAGUGAGGACUUUGUCCUCGUGUCCCGGCUGGGGGACGAGACACCUUCGUCCACAAAUAAUGGUAGUGAUGAUGAAAAGACAGGACUGAAGGUGAUUUCAGAGGAAGGGGUCAGCUUUAAGAUCGUGGGGAAUGGGAGUGAGCAGCAGCUUCAAAGGGAGUUGGAGGAUGUCCUCAUGGACCCAUCAGUGGCAGACGCUGGUCUUGGAUCAGAAGCCAGAAUGAGCAACCUCGGUGCGAGCGACCAUGGGGUUCUACUUAACACGGCAUCACCCGUGCCGGCAGGCACUGACCCAUUAAGUUCACCACCACCCAAGCUGGAGAUGGUGCUCCCUGUUCAGACAGCUCAGGAGAGUGAGCUGAAUGAGAGGUCUUACAGAGCAGAUGAAUCAUCAUCAGAGGGAAGUCCUUGCAGUCCAAUUCCAGACGAGGACAGCGUUGUGUUCAGCCAGCUAACAUAUCUGGGGUGUGCCUCUGUCAAUGCCCCCAGGAGUGAAGUGGAGGCCCUUCGUAUGAUGAGUAUACUGCGAGGGCAAUGCCAACUCCCCCUGGAUGUCACACUUUCAGUGCCAGGCGUUUCUGAAGGCACCGUCAGGUUGCUGGACCCCCACAACAACACAGAAAUAGCCAAUUACCCCAUUUAUAAGAUUCUGUUCUGUGUCCGAGGCCACGAUGGCACACCAGAGAGCGACUGCUUCGCCUUCACUGAGAGCCACCACAAUGCAGAAAUCUUCAGGAUCCAUGUGUUUCGCUGCCAAAUCCGAGAAGCGGUGAGCAGGAUACUGUACAGCUUUGCCACAGCCUUUCGGAGGUCAGCUAAGAAGAUACUGCUGUCGUCUCAGCUGAAUGCCCCGCUCACCCCUGACAGCGACUUGUUUACCUUUACUGUCAGUCUGGAAAUCAGGGAGGAUGAUGGCAAGGGUACUUUCAGUGCUGUUGCAAAAGACAAGGACAAACAGAGCUUCAAGCUUCGUGCUGGACUGGACAAGAAAAUUGUAAUUUACGUUCAGCAAACUUCCAACAAGGAGCUGGCAAUCGAGAGGUGUUUUGGACUCCUGCUCAGCCCGGGGAGAAAUGUGAAGAACAGCGACAUGCACCUGCUGGACCUGGAGUCAAUGGGAAAAAGCUCAGAUGGGAAGUCUUACAUCAUCACAGGAAGCUGGAACCCCAACACGCCUCAAUUUCAGGCUGUGAACGAGGAAACGCCUAAAGAUAAAUUCAUGUACAUGACGACUGCAGUGGAUCUGGUGAUCACAGAGGUGGAGGAACCGGUCCGGUUUCUGCUGGAGACGAGGGUCAGAGUGUGUUCUCCAAAUGACAGGCUGUUCUGGCCCUUUGGCAAGCGUAGCUACACUGAGACCUUCUACCUUAAACUACGUCAGAUGGAACGAAAAGAACGAAAGAGUCCUUCCUCUGACACACUUUAUGAGGUGGUGAGUUUGGAAAGUGAGACGGAGAGAGAAAAAAGGAAAACCUCAGCUAGUCCUAGCAUACUCCCUUCUGGGCCCAGUACCAUGGCUCCUUCACCGCCCGAGGAUGAUGAAGAGGAAGAUAACGACGAGCCCUUGCUCAGCGGGUCUGGUGACGUUUCAAAGGAGUGUGCAGAGAAGAUCCUGGAGACCUGGGGAGACUUGUUGUCCAAAUGGCACAUGAACCUAGCAGUGCGUCCAAGACAGCUGCCAGCGUUGGUGCGGAGCGGCAUCCCUGAGGCACUCCGCGGGGAGGUGUGGCAACUUCUGGCGGGCUGCCACAACAAUGACCACCUGGUAGAAGAAUACCGAACUCUCAUCACAAAGGAAUCUCCUCAGGACAGUGCAAUCACCAGGGACAUUAACAGGACGUUUCCCGCUCAUGACUAUUUCAAAGACACUGGAGGAGAUGGGCAAGACUCGCUCUACAAGAUCUGCAAGGCUUACUCUGUUUAUGAUCAGGAGAUUGGCUACUGCCAGGGACAGUCCUUCCUGGCUGCAGUGCUGCUGCUGCAUAUGCCAGAAGAGCAAGCGUUCAGUGUUCUGGUGAAGAUCAUGUUUGAUUAUGGGCUCAGGGACUUGUUCAAACAGAACUUUGAGGAUCUGCACUGCAAGUUCUUCCAGCUUGAAAGACUCAUGCAGGAGUACAUACCAGAUCUGUACAACCAUUUCCUGAAUGUCGGUCUAGAGGCUCAUAUGUACGCUUCACAGUGGUUCCUGACCCUCUUCACAGCCAAGUUUCCUCUUUACAUGGUCUUCCAUAUAAUCGACCUGCUACUGUGUGAGGGUAUUAGUGUGAUCUUCAAUGUAGCCUUGGCCCUUUUGAAGACGUCAAAAGACGAUCUACUGCAAACGGACUUUGAAGGUGCUCUCAAAUUCUUUCGCGUCCCGGUCCCGAAGAGGUACCGCUCAGAAGAAAAUGCCAAGAAACUGAUGGAGCUGGCCUGUAGCAUGAAAAUAAGCCAGAAGAAGCUGAAGAAAUUUGAGAAGGAGUACCACACCAUACGGGAGCAGCAGGAGCAACAAGAAGCCCCCAUUGAGAGAUAUGAGCGGGAGAAUCGUCGUUUGCAAGAGGCCAACAUGCGUUUGGAACAGGAGAAUGAUGACCUGGCACACGAGUUAGUUAGCAGCAAGAUAGCCCUUCGUAAAGACCUGGACAAUGCUGAAGAAAAGGCAGACGCUCUGAAUAAAGAGUUGCUGCUGACCAAACAAAAGUUGAUUGACUCUGAAGAUGAGAAAAGACGGCUGGAAGAAGAGUCUGCACAGUUGAAAGAAAUGUGCCGAAGGGAGCUUGAUAAGUCAGAGUCGGAGAUAAAGAAGAACGGUUCUAUUAUUGGAGAAUAUAAACAGAUCUGCUCUCAGCUGAGCGAACGACUGGAGAAACAACAGACGGCCACUCGAGGAGAACUGGAGAAAAUCAGAUCCAAAGUUGAAAACUGUGAGAAGUGCAGCAGUCUUUUCAACAAAGAGGGUCGUGUGCGGACAGCGGUGACCACGACGCCAGCCGAUGGGACAGAGGAGACCGAUGAGGAGAAGGAGGGUCUGAAGAACCAGCUGAGGGAGAUGGAGCUGGAGCUGGCCCAGACCAAACUGCAGCUGGUGGAGGCUGAGUGCAAAAUCCAGGACCUGGAGCACCAUUUGGGUCUGGCUCUCAACGAGGUGCAGGCCGCCAAAAAGACCUGGUUUAACCGAACGCUCAACUCCAUCAAAACGGUCACCGGCACCCAGGGCAAAGAAACCACUUAACCUAGUAACCCUUCAUCCAUCCUGUUUAAACAAGAUUGCAUCUGGAGCUCAGUGUGGCUCGUCCCGCUGAAACCUUCAGACCCUCCACCUCGAAAUGUAACGCACACGACCAUAACUUAACUUUUAACAUGAACAUUAACCGUUAAAACUAGAGGAUCUCCUCUGUAUCUGACUGUGUUAUUUCCUCAUAUCAAAUAUGUUAUUUUUAUUUCCUGAAGUAACUCCCCAGAACAAAACCUUUUAACAUCCACCCGAGCAGUGCAGCAAUAACCACCCUACCCCCUCGACAGAGACCUUGUGCUUCCACCAGUCACAGCAGGAAAAAAUGCUUCAUUGAGGAUUGUCUGCAUACUGCUGAAAUUUAAAAAACUCCACAGAGGGUGAAGCAACGACAUCAGAACUGUAUCUUUGCGCUCCCUUUCGUCUAAACUACUGGCACAAAACAGCAAGUCCCUGUACAUUUUUUUGGUUUGUUUUAGGUACGAGCGCCAAUAGACGCCUUUUCAGAACAGAGCUUUUUCUAAUUUUCGUUCAACAGUACCUUUUAUUGUGCGUUGGCAUAUGUGCUAAUGUUGUGUCUGAUUGUAAUAUGUAUUUGUUCAUGUUUGUGAGAAUGGAGAAAACAUGUGAAAGCAUGCAUAAUUGGUCUGUGUGUGAACUGUGAGUGUGUGAAACGAGUGUUUGUGGAAGACCAACGGAAGUAGAGCACUAAGGUUAUGAGAGUGCAUGCAUGUCAGCUUGUCUCGUGUCCUUCAAUGUUCAAAUGUGUACAUAAAAACUGGUAAAAACUAAAGUUUGCUGACAGGUCCUGCAUCUGAAGGUUGAUCUAGUGGAUGGCUGUGGGUAUAAAUAUGUAAUUUAUGGAAACUGAAUGAGCUGUUGAGAAAAGCGACUGCAGCUUAAAUCUCCUCUAAUCAAAAAUACACAUGCUUAAGGUUUAUUUAGUUCUUCCAGCAACAAAACCUAUAAAAAACCUCUAAAUCAAUUAAAAACCCUGCAGUCUGUGUGGACAUCACAGACAGUUAUAAUUCCUGCAGCCUUUAAACGCACCAUCAAUCCCACUCUAUUCUGUCCCAUGCGGCGCUCAGACCCUUUGGUGUUAACUGUGAUGGUCCUGUUAAAUGCUUUAAUUUAGAAGUUAAUAUACUGUGCUGGUCAGAAGUUUACAUUUGCUCACCAUUUACAUUAAUUUAAGAAUACUUUUGCCCCUUUUACUGUUGCAUUAGAACUAGUUUUUGUUUUUUCUGGUCAACUGAUAGUUGAUUUUGUUGUAAUCAAGUUUGAGUGCACAAGUUUGAAAUUAAUGUGGAGUUUAUCUAAUCCACACAGAGUCAGAAUUAUACAUAUAAGCUCACAUAUAUGCAUGUGGGGGGACCAACCAAUAUAAAUGAGCUCUACCUAGCUAAGAAGAGUUGUCAAACAGUGAGUCGGAAUUAUGCCAGAAGGGCAUAACUUGUAAUAAUCUGUAAUUUAAGGGACAUUUAGAAAAUUAAAUCAUGCACCAAGUUCUUGAUUUAAGAAAAUCUUUGAAGUUUUCCAACCUCCGGUCCGUAUCUGUAAACUCCUGACCGGAACUAUUGACACACAUAUUUGAUUAAAUUAAGUUAUGAAGCUACCAGUGGAUUCAACAGCCUAUUAAAGAAAUCAUCCAUGCUGCAUCUCAAUGAUUUAAGAUGUAGAUAGGUCAGAUUUAUAAGAGCUGCUGAUUGUGAAUAGGGAAAACAUUACAGUCAGCAAAAGUACCAAGGGAUAUUUUAAUUUCUGAUUCACCAGACUAAAUAGGCAGCAGCUAAUAUCUUUGUGUAAUCCUGAUGACAAGAAGUUUGGCAUCUUGAGUCAAAAAGGGGACACAUCACAUACCACCUUGUAUGAAAGAAUUUUUUACAUCUAAGUGCAUCUUUUCUGGUUCAAGCAUCAUGUCAGGACAAGCCUAGAAACAGCUAUUUUCCAGCUAUGACUCACAAUGCAAAAGAAAAAAUACUAAAGGCAUGAUUUUUUUUUUUUAGGUUCAACAUAGUAAAAUUCUUCAAAAACAUUCUUAAUUAAAAAAAUUCAGGUCUCACAGCAAAUGUUACAAGCUACUGAAAAUAUUCUCUAAGCUCUGAAGAUGUGAUUUUGGCCACAAUCUCCUGUGAAUGUGGGACACCUGUCAGCAGAGGUGUAACUGCAGUAUGAGGGGAAUUACAACACCAGCAGGGCUUUGGUCAUGUCAGGAGAAGCCACAGUUCAGGUCAAAAAGCUCUAAAUUUGUCCACAGGGCAUUAGGGGUCCAGAGGGAGAUUUCAUAUUUCGCUGACUGAGGAACAGAGGUUCAACAAUGAUCCUGGUUUCAAAUCCUGCUGAGACUGAACAUAUUUUAAAGGCCGAAUAGAGUGAACCAUUUCUCUAAACCGCGUCUUGACUUGAAGAGUGAAGUCUGAUCCGCUGGAAUCCGGUGGUGAUAUUGGAAGAAGUAGAAAAACCAUAGAGGAGCAUCCACCUAAAAGCACUGGGCUGUAAAUAAACAUUAAAAGCAUCACCAUUGAGUUUUUGUUUAUGGUUUUCUACUCUAACUAUAACUAAUGUUGCCUACCUGUACUUACCAACCUGAUGCUGUGAUACAGUUGAAUCUACAAUGUUUUUCUUGUAUUUCUCUUAUGUUUUUUUGUAUUUUUUUCUUUUUUGCUCCAAGCUUCUCAGUCGCACUGCUGUUUGGAUAACUAAAUGCCAAAACAUAGCUCAGUCUACCAACAUUAUCAGCGUGUGGAAAUUGUAAUAGAGUAGACUGCAUUGUGUAUACUCCAUGAAUUUAAAUAUAAAGAUAUCGACACAAGGA